AUGGCCACGAUCAAACAAAUUGAUGGCCGCAGCGUCCAUCAAAUCCAAUCCGGCCAGGUCAUUGUUGACCUAUGUUCCGUAGUUAAAGAGCUGGUCGAGAACAGCGUCGACUCUGGGGCAACAAUCAUAGACGUUCGUUUCAAAAACCAAGGACUCGAUUCAAUUGAAGUUCAAGACAAUGGAUCCGGAAUCUCGCCGGCAAACUAUAGCUCUGUCGCUCUCAAGCACUACACAUCAAAGCUUACUUCCUAUUCUGACAUAGAGUCACUACAGACUUUUGGCUUUCGUGGAGAGGCUUUGGCAUCGUUAUGUGCCUUGUCAAUUCUGACCGUGACGACGUGCCAAGAGGAAGAAGCUCCUAAAGGUUCCAAGUUAACUUUUCACCAAUCAGGAGAGCUGGAUAGCACAACCGUCGUUGCAGCCCAGCGAGGGACAACUGUCGCAGUCGAAAACUUAUUCCACAAUUUGCCUGUCCGACGCCGGGAACUUGACCGUAAUAUCAAGAGGGAGUGGCACAAGGUCAUAGCUCUACUUAACCAGUAUGCGUGUAUCCUGACGAACGUGAAAUUCUCCGUAUCUCAACAACCUACAAAAGGGAAACGCAUAUUACUCUUUUCCACGAAAGGCAACGCGACUACCCGUGAGAACAUUAUCAAUAUCUUUGGUGCCAAAACUCUAGCAGCGUUGAUACCUCUCGAUCUUCACCUGGAACUCAAGCCCUCGGGUACCCGCUCUAGCGACAAAUCAGCUUCUAAUAGUCAUGAUGUUCGCAUUGUUGGCCAUGUCUCAAAACCUGCUCAUGGUGAGGGUAGACAGACCCCUGAUCGACAAAUGUUUUUUGUCAAUGGUCGACCCUGCUCACUGCCUCAAUUGGCCAAAGCUUUCAACGAAGUUUAUCGAUCAUAUAACAACUCACAGUCGCCCUUCAUUUUCGCCGAUGUACAACUAGAUACUAUGCUAUACGACGUGAACGUCAGCCCUGAUAAGCGGUCCAUUCUACUGCACGAUCAAAACAACCUCCUGGAUACUCUUCGUACCUCCUUGUCUGAGUUGUUUGAUACCCACGAAGAUAGUAUAUCAAUUGCGGCAUCAACUCAGAAUGUGAAACUGCAGGCUUCUCAUGGCAAAGGUACUAAGCCUGGACAACUCCCUCGACUUUUCGACAGGCCACCGUCUACAUCUCAUUCUACCCCCCAGGUAGAACAAAGCCUCAGUUACGAGGAUAACAAACUCAGCUCCGGCGCAGACAGCGAAGGGUCAGAGCCGGAUGAUGGAUUUGCCCCGGCAUCGCGAUUGAUGAAGACGAGGUCGCAACGUAAUGAGAAGGAGAAAUUGCACCUGAACGGCAAUAUCGAACCAGUGAUAAGGAGAGUCAUAACAUCUUCUCCAGAGAAAACCGCCCCAGCAACCCCUCGUUUAAAGACCAUAUUGGUGAACCACUCCCCUCCACGUAAGGAGUCGUCAGCAAUUUCGAGUGCCAACGCAGCCUUAAGCCAACAUCAGGGAUCGCAUGAUCCUGAUUACAACGUCCGAGCACAAGUUUCCGGCUCUUCCAGUCCUAUUACCCCCGAUAUAUCUGUAGAGGAUGCUGGCGUUAAAGACCUACGCGAGGUAGUAACUCCUUCGCGAGACGUAAAAAGCCCAACCAAAGCUGCAAAUGUGGAGGAUGAGUCCAAAUCUUCCGAGACAGGAAUGUCACAUCCCAUGUCACCAAAACAAGACGAAGCAAAGGCAAUUCUUCGUCCAGAAAUUCAUGAAUCAGAUAGCGAACCUGACAUUCAACGACCUACACGGAUACAAAGGAAUACCAUAGCCAUCAACGAUGAUACUUCUUCUAGGCAAUCUCAACAUGAUGAACAAUCUCUAGAAACGGGGCCCGAUAUUCAGCAUGUCAAACCCACGCUUUCACCAACAGGCGGUGGUUCCCCGAUCAGAAGCGACAAUACAAGAAGUCUUCUAGCAGAGUCCAGAAUACAGCCCCCCAAACCCGUGCGGCGAAAAGAUAUUACGGCGUGUUGCAUACAAAACUUACAUGUAGAGAAGAGAAAGCUCCGACUACUCCAUAAUAGGCGUCCUCUUCGUCAUACUUCUCAAUCUGGUUCUUCGGCGCACAAUACCUCUUCUGUGGAGCGAAUCGAUGCCAGCGAUGCAGAAUCUAGACUCCCUCUUAUUAUUUCAAAGGGUGAUUUCUCCAAAAUGAGGAUUAUCGGCCAGUUCAAUCUCGGGUUUAUCAUAGCCGUUAAGCCUGCCAGUCAUCUAGGCUCUGGAAGCGAGGGAAAGCAUGAUGAACUUUUCAUCAUCGACCAGCACGCGUCUGAUGAGAAGUACAACUACGAAAGGCUUCAAAAUACCACUGAGAUCCAAUCACAGCGCCUUGUCCAUCCCAUGAGACUUCAGCUGACAGCUCUUGAAGAGGAGAUAAUACUGGAGAAUUCAACCGCUCUGAAUGCGAAUGGUUUCAAAGUAGACAUUGAUACAACAGGGCGUUUCCCUGUGGGAUCGCGAUGCCUGUUGACUUCGUUACCCCUCAGCCGCGAAGUCACAUUCAAACUAGAUGAUUUGGAAGAAUUGAUAUCGCUUUUAGGCGAUAAAUCGGCCGAGUCUUCGUAUAUCCCUCGCCCUUCGAAGGUUCAAAAGAUGUUCGCGAUGAGGGCAUGUCGAAGCAGCAUUAUGAUUGGUAAAGCCUUGACGAGGAGCCAGAUGUAUUCUCUUGUUAACCACAUGGGAGAGCUGGAUAAGCCCUGGAAUUGCCCUCAUGGACGCCCAACAAUACGACACUUGAGUCGACUGCAGGCAUGGAGCGGGGUAGGAUGGGAGCGCGACUUGCAAACUGAUUCAAUUACAACCUGGCAAGACUAUGUGAGAGAAGCAAGCUGA